AUGGAUUUCCAACAUCGAGCUGGAGGAAAGACUGGCAGCGGAGGGGUGGCGUCCUCCUCUGAGAGUAAUCGGGACCGACGGGAGCGUUUACGCCAGCUGGCUCUGGAGACCAUUGACAUCAAUAAAGAUCCUUACUUCAUGAAGAAUCAUUUAGGAUCAUAUGAAUGCAAACUUUGCCUGACGCUUCACAACAACGAGGGCAGCUAUUUAGCCCAUACACAAGGAAAGAAACAUCAGACUAAUCUAGCACGGCGAGCUGCCAAAGAGGCCAAAGAAGCUCCUGCUCAGCCAGCUCCAGCUAAAGUGAAGGUUGAAGUCAAGAAGUUUGUAAAAAUUGGUCGGCCUGGAUAUAAAGUAACCAAGCAGAGGGAUCCAGAGUCUGGGCAGCAGUCUUUACUUUUCCAGAUCGACUACCCAGAAGUUGCAGAAGGCAUUGGACCCAGGCAUCGUUUCAUGUCCGCGUACGAACAGCGCAUUGAGCCCCCAGACCGCCGUUGGCAGUACCUGCUGCUUGCUGCGGAACCUUAUGAAACUAUCGCAUUUAAGGUUCCCAGUAGAGAAAUAGACAAAGCAGAGAGCCGCUUCUGGACUCACUGGAACCGAGAAACUAAACAGUUCUUCUUGCAGUUCCACUUCAAAAUGGAAAAAGCUCUUCUACCUGCCACUGGUGCCCCGCCACCAGCUGGUAUGAAGCGUCCUCCACCACUCAUGAGUGCGGCGCGCCCACAGAAUGAGUCGGUGCCCCCACCUCCGGGUGGCAUGAUCCUUCCCCCUGGUGCCCCCGGUACUCCUCAAAUGCCCACUCAGAUACCCAUGCCACCAAUGCCAAUGAGGCCGCCACCCCCUGAGGCCAUUUCUAUUGCUAACAAUUAA